AUGCAGUUCUUUGCCCUUAUCGCCGCUGCCUUGGCCACUGUCGCUAUCGCCGCCCCCGCUGAUCAGGGCUGCCAGCUCGACCAGACUGGCAAGCACGACGAAGGCUUGCAUUCCAGCAAGUCUGGCAAUUCGACCGGCAAGCACGACCAAGGGUCUCAGUCCAGCAACUCUGGCAACUCGACCGGCCAGAGUGAGAAGGUCCAGGUGGGCUACACGCUCGACCUGAACAACAACACCACUCUCGGCUCGCUCUCGUGCUCGAGCGUCUUUGACCAGAAGUACCCUGAAUACAAGAACUACACGCUCGGUCAGCUCCCUGUCGCUCCCUUCUUCGCCGAGGUCCCUGGAGCCACCUACGGCUCGUCGAAGUGCGGCUCGUGCUGGGAGAUCCAGUACAACAAUAAGACGCCGGUGUACGUGCUCGGCGUCGACGACGCGUCGAUCUUCCAGCUCAGCAAGGCCGGCUUCAAGAAGCUCGCGGGGAAGAAAGGCCUCGAAAAGGGCAGCGUCAGCGCGCAGGCGGUCGAGGUCUCGCCCACAUACUGCGGGCUCCAGUCGUCCAAGCAGUGA